AUGUCACGAGAUCAAAAAACACAAGAUUUAAAAGACAAAUUGGCUUGUCAAAAUAGUCAAAUAUGCAUACUUCAGGAAAAGUUGGUCACAUAUGACAAAGAUAUUUCGAAGAAAGAUGAUUUAAAAUGCCGAUUGCACAAUUUACAACAGUGGAUAGAGGAUGUUGACUGUAAAGUGAAACAAUCCAACAAUGAUGUGUUCAAUAUUAUCAGCAAACAGAAACAAAAGAUAAAAGAAGCUGAAGUGCAAGAAUGCAUGUUGCGAUCGGAAAACACUAGACUGCAUAACGCCAAUGACUGUAUCGCUGAGAAGCUAAACAAAUUACACCGGAAAGAACAAGCACUAACUGCGGAAAUUGAGAAAUUGGAAUUGUGUAAAAUCAAUAUCCAAAAUGAAUUGUGCAGCGCUCAAACCCGUGUCGACGAAAUGAAAUGUAAUAUAAGUAGCCUUAAGAAAACGCUCAAGACGAAGGAAGAAGAAUGCGAAAACGUUAAGAAAUUGCUGGCGGCGAGCGAGGCCGAGUGCAAACGCUUGUGCGCGGCGUGCAAUGCUGCCAAGUGUGCGCUGGAACGGUCGAAGGCCGAUGUGACGGACGUCAAGUGUCGGUUGAAGAAGACUGAAGAGUGUCUGAAGCGAGAGCGGGCCAUACUGGCGGAAAAGCUGGAAGACAAGGAACGAGAUUUGCGAGUCGCCAAGGCUGAGCUGGAUACGGCCAUCCGGACGGUUUCCGAGCUGAGGGCAAACACGAACAAGCUGGAGGCAGCGAUAGCCGAAUUGCGGGAGACGAUGGCCCGCGAAAAGUGCGAAGCGGAAGCGGCCGCGCGUGACCUCAGGCAGAAGAACUGCGUGGAGUCGGAAAAGUUGUGCAAGGCCAAAGACGAGCUGACCGAAGCGCGCCGCAACAACGGGUUGGUGACUGCUAAAAUCGAGUCGCUCAAGGGUCAGGUGCGGACCAACGAGUGCCUGGUGGACGAUCUUCGCCAGAAAUCCGAGUCGCUCAACCGGGCAAAGGACGAAAAGUGCGAACGCCUGGAGCGGGAACGGUGCACGCUUGCCGACGACGUGCGGUGCAAGAAGAAGAAGAUCGCCGACUUGGAGCGACAGCUGUGCCGCAUGCGCGAGGCAUGUGGUGGUGGCUGUGGCAGUGGUGCGACCGGCGGUUGUGGUGGAGUUUGCCCGAGCACUGCCGACUGCUAUCCGUCCGAAGACGCAGUCAACCGGCAGGACAUGAUCUGCUGCGUCCCCAACGAACCGUCCUUCAUUGACGUGCUUAAGAGACUGUACAGUGACCUAAACAACAUCAAGGUCAAACCCUGCAACCCUAUGUACCCCUGA